GGUUCUCUGCAAAAAGAAAAGCCACGAAUCCUGGCGUUGAUAGCGAUUGGUUAAUUGUCGGUGGAUCAUCGUUUUCCGUUAGAUAGCAAUCGUCUUCUUCGUACUCUCUUCUUCAAUCUUCUUUUUCUUCCUCGCAAACCAUUAUCUACUACUAUCGCACAUUUUCUCGCUUUCGAUUCCGAGUUUCCUAUCCGUCGCGGGUUGUGCUUUAGUUGUCAGAUCUCCGCCUAUGAUUUGUUAAUUGGUAAAAUGGCGUUUUAGUCUGUUACCUGGGAGGCCUUUGUGUCGCUGGAUUCUUCUCAAAUCUCACCUCAUCUUUUAUAGAUUCUGAAGAUGGCGCUGAAGCGAGGGUUAUCGGGAGUUCACCGGAUUAGAGGAGGUGGUGGUGGAUCUCGAUCUGUGCUUGUGCUCCUCGUCUUUUUCUGUGUUUUCGCACCUCUUGUCUUCUUUGUUGGCCGAGGAGUAUACAUUGAUUCCUCAAACGAUUAUUCAAAUGCUUCUGUGAAGCAGAAUCUUGACUGGAGAGAACGCUUAGCGAUGCAAUCUUUUAGAUCUCUUUUCUCAAAAGAGGUACUAGAUGUUAUCACAACUAGCACAGCUGAUUUGGGUCCUUUUAGCCUUGAUUCGUUCAAGAAAAACAACUUGUCAGCAUCAUGGCGACGAACCGGAGUAGAUACCUCCUUUAGAAAUUCUGAGCUGAAUCAAUCAACUCUUGAUGUCAAACCUAGUAUCAUGAAUGCAAAACGCGACAGUACUUCGAAAGAUAGUAGCCAUCAGAAAGUUGAGACACCUGCAAAAUUUUACAGAAGGCAAUUAAGAGAGAAAAGGCGUGAGAUGCGAGCAAACGAGUUGGUCCAGCACAACGAUGACACGGUUUUGAAGCUCGAAAAUGCGGCCAUCGAACGCUCUAAGUCUGUUGAUUCUGCAGUCCUUGGAAAAUACAGUAUUUGGAGAAGAGAAAAUGAGAAUGAUAACUCCGAUUCAAAUAUACGGUUGAUGCGGGAUCAAGUAAUUAUGGCUAGAGUCUAUAGUGGUAUUGCAAAACUGAAAAACAAGGGUGAUUUGUUACAAGAACUCCAGGCCCGACUUAAGGACAGCCAACGCGUUUUAGGGGAAUCAACAUCUGAUGCUGAUCUUCCUCGGAGUGCACAUGAUAAACUCAGAGCCAUGGGUCAAGUCUUGUCUAAAGCUAAGAUGCAGUUAUAUGACUGCAAAUUGGUUACUGGAAAGCUGAGAGCAAUGCUUCAAACCGCCGAUGAACAAGUCCGGAGCUUAAAGAAGCAGAGUACUUUUCUGGCUCAGUUAGCAGCAAAAACAAUUCCAAAUCCCAUUCAUUGCCUAUCAAUGCGGUUGACCAUCGAUUACUAUCUUCUUUCUCCGGAGAAAAGAAAAUUUCCUCGCAGUGAAAACCUAGAAAACCCAAAUCUUUAUCAUUAUGCCCUCUUUUCUGACAAUGUAUUAGCUGCAUCAGUGGUUGUUAAUUCAACCAUAAUGAACGCCAGGGAUCCUUCGAAGCAUGUGUUUCACCUUGUGACGGAUAAACUCAAUUUCGGAGCAAUGAACAUGUGGUUCCUCCUAAACCCACCUGGAAAGGCAACUAUACACGUGGAAAACGUCGAUGAGUUUAAGUGGCUCAAUUCAUCUUACUGCCCUGUUCUUCGUCAGCUUGAAUCUGCAGCAAUGAGAGAGUACUAUUUCAAAGCAGAUCAUCCAACUUCAGGCUCCUCGAAUCUCAAAUACAGAAACCCAAAGUAUCUGUCCAUGUUGAAUCACUUGAGAUUCUACCUCCCUGAGGUUUAUCCCAAGCUGAACAAAAUCCUGUUCCUGGACGACGACAUCAUUGUUCAGAAAGACUUGACUCCACUCUGGGAAGUCAACUUGAACGGGAAAGUCAACGGUGCAGUCGAAACAUGCGGGGAGAGUUUCCACAGGUUCGACAAGUAUCUCAACUUUUCGAAUCCUCACAUCGCUAGGAACUUCAAUCCAAACGCUUGUGGAUGGGCUUAUGGGAUGAACAUGUUCGACCUAAAGGAGUGGAAGAAGAGAGAUAUCACUGGUAUUUACCAUAAGUGGCAAAACAUGAAUGAGAACAGGACACUAUGGAAGCUAGGGACACUACCACCAGGAUUAAUAACAUUUUACGGACUAACACAUCCUCUAAACAAGGCCUGGCACGUGCUGGGACUUGGAUACAACCCGAGUAUUGACAAGAAAGACAUAGAGAAUGCAGCAGUGGUUCACUAUAACGGGAACAUGAAACCGUGGUUGGAGUUAGCUAUGUCCAAGUAUCGACCGUAUUGGACCAAGUACAUCAAGUUUGAUCACCCAUAUCUUCGUCGAUGCAACCUUCAUGAAUAAAAAUCAAAUCUUUGUUAGUUGAUUUGAGGUAAUUACUCCUAAUCUUCUGCUGUUCCCAUCGCAUUCCUCUUUACUUCCACAAAUUGUUAAUUGUUUAUUCAUAUCUUUGUUUAGCUAUUCAUUUUUUUCCCGGGUUAAAGACACUUUUGUUGUUUCUGAGUUUUUUCCUUCUGAUAAUAUAUUUGUUAAUGGAGGUUCUGUUAAGGACCAGUGGUAAAAGGAAGCAUUGU